GAUAUCGUAAUGCCUUUAAACGAAUCACGUCCGCGAUUCUUUGCAUUUGUAAUUGAUUUCAAGGAUAAAAAUGAGUAUUUUCUACCAAUUUCUUGUUACAUUAGCGCAAUAGGCAUAGUGGCUACAAAUGUCAUAGUGAGCAGUGAUACGACGCAUAUCAUGUGCAUCCUUCAUGUUUGCAGUCUGUUUGCUGCCAUCAGCACACAAGUUGAAAACAUAAUUCCAAAAAAUAAUAAUAUCAAAAUAAAUAAACGUGCAUACAAAAUGGAUCUUGAUUCGUCAAAUGAAAAAAUAACAUACCAAACAUACAUAACAUGUUUAAAAAAAUAUCAGCUUGCUCUAGAGUAAAUAACGUUUGUUCAAUUGUCUUCCUAUACAUGGUAU